AUGGGUGAUGGAGAAGAGUCGUCCGUAACCAAGAGUGGUACGAUGGACAGCAGAGGCGUUGACAGUGCGACGCCGUAUUCCCUGCAUGCUUCCGACAAUCCGGGAGCCAUGAUCACGUCAGUGACGUUGACAGGUGAAAAUUAUGGUGAAUGGUCUAGUGAGAUGACCAACGCUCUUCGUGCAAAACGAAAACUUGGGUUCGUUAAUGGUACGAUCCCGAAGCCUCUUGCAAACGAUUCUAACUUGGAGCUUUGGCUCUCGGUUAAUUCGAUGAUUGUGGGAUGGAUUCGCACAUCCAUUGAGCCUCGGGUACGGUCUACUGUUACGUUUGUGCAAGAUUCUCAUACGCUUUGGGAAAAUCUCCGCAAACGAUUCUCUGUCGGUAACAAGGUGCGUGUGCAUCAUCUGAAGGAACAGCUCGCAUCUUGUCGUCAGGAUGGACAGUCUGUUAUUGAGUUCUUUGGACGUCUGUCCAAGUUGUGGGAAGAGUUGGAUAUGUACUCGCCUCUCCCAAGCUGUACUUGUGGAGCAGCUCCGGAGAUAGAGAAAGCACGAGAGGCGGAGAAGAUGCAUCAGUUUGCGAUGGGUCUUGAUGAAUCGAGGUUUGGAGGAAUUUAUCAGUCGAUAGUGUCGUCAGACUCCGAGAUGGACAUUGGAGAAAUAUAUGCUAAAGUUGUGCGAGAAGAACAACGUCUUAACUCGGCGAAGGACCGAGAGUCACAGCAGAACGCGAUUGGGUUUGCAACCAAGACUGAACUGGAUCAGGCUACUUCGCAUACUGGUUCUGCUGGUUCAGGAAGACGCUCACAAUGUACUCACUGCGGGAGAAUAGGACAUGACAAGUCGAACUAUUGGCAACUGGUUGGUUUUCCCGAUUGGUGGGAAGAGCGUGCGUCGUCAAAUAGAGGAAACGCUGGAGUAAACAGAGGUGGAGGCAGAGGAGGUCGUGGUUGUGGGUCUUCUGGUGCUGAUCGCUCACGCAAUACUGGAGCUCGAGUGAAUAAUGCACACGCGACUACUUCGAACUCUUCUUCCUUUCCUGGUUUCACCGAUGAGCAGUGGGCAGCUCUCUCCCAGAUGAUUGAUGAAAGAGCACGCCCAUCGAAUGACAAGCUCUCUGGUAAGACUAGACUUGGUGAUCUUAUACUGGAUACUGGAGCGUCUCACCAUAUGACUGGAGACUUUUCUCUGUUAGUAAACACGUCGGUGAUACCGCCGUGUCCUGUUGGGUUCGCAGACGGAAAUAAAACGUUUGCAACUCAUGUUGGAAAGCUUCCUUUGACAGAUCGUGUCACGCUGUAA